AUGAGUUAGAAAUUAGAAAUUAUUGAAAGAAAAUUAGUUGUAGUAAUAGCAGCUAUAGUUUAUACUUUACAUUAUUGGAUCAAUUGUAAUAUAUGGAUAAAAGAAGAAUUAAACAUAUUAUUGACUAUACAUAUGAUUACUUUGAAUAUCGUUUUCAUAAUGCUUUUCUGGUGUUUUAUAGUCAUUUUAAUCAUUGAUCCAGGAAGACCAAAAAUGUAAAUUGACAGAUUAAGAUAGAGUAGAUGAAUAUAAUUAAUCUCCAUUCUCAAAGAAAGGAUUCUGUCAAUAAUGUAGACGUUAAAAACCUGAACGUUGUCAUGUAUAAUUUCAAAAAUAUAAUUUAGCAUUGUUCAAUUUGUAAUCGUUGUGUAUUAUAAAUGGAUCAUCAUUGUCCAUGGAUAAAUACAUGUGUAGGUUAUUAAAACAGAAAGUAAUUCAUAUUACUAUUAUUUUAUGCAUUGUUAUUUAACUUUAUAACAGUAAUAAGCACAACUAAAACAUAUUUACUUUCAUUUCAAUUUUCAUAUUUAAAUAUUAUUUAUGCUUUGAUUUGUAUUGGUAAUUAUGUUUUAGUAGUUUUACUUAUUGGUUUUCUUAAAUAUCACUUAUAUUUAUUAUAAAAAAAUUAGACAACAUUAGAAGACAUAAUUAGUAAGAACAAUUAAAUAUCAUUUAAUAUCUACGAUAUUGAUCCACAUACUAAUAUUAUCUAGAUAUUUGGAUAAAAUAAAAUUUUAUGGUUAUUCCCAAUAUAUUCUGGUUUUGGAUGUGAUGAUGGAAAUUCAUUCCCAAAAAAUGAUUAUAAAGUUAUGUAAACUUCUUCUCCAUAAGUUAUUUCAGUGUAAAAAUUCAAAUUUAUUAUAGUUUUUAUGAAUAAUAGUAUGUAAGUAGUGAUAAAAAUAAGAAUGAAUAUUCAAAUGUUUAAACUUUAUAUAAAAGAGAAAUAAAAGAUUAAUGA